AUGAUGUCACUCCACUUUCGCUAGCCUUUAGCAGCCGGUGUAUGUGUUGACAGCGACGGUAUUUGGUUUAUUAGGAGCAAACAUGGCAUCGGCGUCCAACUCUUUCAGACUCAGAUGCUCCGUUCCGGGCCACGAAAUGGACGUCAGGGGGCUUGCGGCUGCCGUUUUCCCAGAAGGAGCGUUUGUUUCUGUGUCCAGAGACCGGACCGGAAGGGUCUGGGUACCAAACUCAAGCCCAGAUAAUGGUUUCACGGAGAUGCAUUGUGUGUCAGGCCACUCCAAUUUUGUAUCAUGUGUAUGUACCAUUGCACCAAGUGAAACAUACCCUCGAGGACUGAUUGCCACUGGGGGGAACGAUAACAACAUUUGUGUCUUCACACUCGACCAACCACAGCCUCUUUACACCCUUAAAGGUCACAAAAAUACAGUUUGUACUUUAUCUUCUGGGAAGUUUGGUACACUUUUGAGCGGCUCUUGGGACACAACAGCUAAAGUGUGGCUUAGUGAAAAGUGCAUGAUGACACUGCAGGGCCAUACUGCAGCAGUGUGGGCAGUGGCCAUGUUGCCUGAACAAGGACUGAUGCUGUCUGGAUCAGCAGACAGAACCAUAAAGCUCUGGAAAGCCGGACGAUGUGAGAGGACAUUUACAGGUCAUGAAGACUGUGUCCGAGGACUGGUCGUGAUCAACAGCACCGAGUUCUUCUCCUGCAGCAACGACACCAGCAUCAGGAGGUGGCUGGUGACAGGUGAAUGUGUACAGGUGCACUACGGCCACACCAACUACAUCUACAGCAUUGCCAUCUUCCCCAACAGUGAAGAUUUUGUGAGCACGGGAGAGGACAGGACUCUGAGAAUAUGGAGGAAAGGCGAGUGUGCUCAGACUAUCCGCCUGCCCGCUCAGUCUGUGUGGUGCUGCUGCAUCCUUCCUAACGGUGACAUCGCUGUGGGAGCAAGUGACGGCAUCAUCAGAGUCUUCACCGAAGCAGAGGACCGUGUGGCCAGCGCAGAGGACCUUCAGGCAUUUGAGGACGAGCUGUCCAAAGCCACCAUCGACCCCAAGACGGGAGAUUUAGGAGACAUCAAAGUGGAGGAGCUUCCGGGAAGGGAACACCUUAAUGAGCCUGGGAAUCGUGAUGGUCAGACACGAUUGAUCAAGGACGGGCAGAAGGUAGAGGCGUACCAGUGGAGUGUCAGUGACAGCCGCUGGUUGAAAAUUGGUGAUGUGGUUGGUGGCUCAAACCAGCAGACCUCCAAAAGCGUCAUGUAUGAAGGCAAGGAGUACGACUACGUCUUCACCAUUGAUGUCAACGAGGGAGGGCCGUCCAUGAAGCUGCCUUACAAUGUGUCAGAAGAUCCCUGGCUGACAGCGCACAACUUUUUGCAGCAGAACGACCUCAGCCCCAUGUUCCUCGACCAGGUGGCUAACUUCAUUAUUGAGAACACCAAAGGACACGAGGUGGGACGCGCACAGCCAGCGGGUGGUGACCCUUUUACUGGAGGAGCCCGGUACAUCCCAGGCUCCACGGACGGGAGGCCAAAUUUUGGGGGCGAUCCCUUCACAGGCUCUGGUCGCUACAUACCAGGCUCAGAACCAAACCCAGUUGCACCUGGAGGCGUGGCGGAUCCAUUCACAGGUGGAGGUGCUUACUCUUCAGCAGCCCUUCGAGAGAAAACCACCAACAUUUACUUCCCCAAGACUGAUGGCGUCACCUUUGAGCAAGCCAAUGUUUCCCAAAUCAUUGGCAAGCUGAAGGAGCUGAACGGAGGCGCCCCUCACGAGCACAAACUCUCUGAAGAUACUCUGGAAAGCCUGGAGAGGCUGCUGGUGUCCGUCUGUGGGCCAGACUUCACAGAGUCCCCUCCAACUAUUCAACAGAUCAACCUCCUCUGGAAGGCCUCGCACUGGCCUGAAGAUAUUGUGUUUCCUGUUCUGGACAUCAUGAGGCUGGCUGUGCGUCACCCGCAGGUUAAUGAGAGCCUGUGCGGUGAGGCAGAGGGUGUCCAGCUGUGCAACCACCUCCUGAGCUUGAUGAGGCCAGAGGGACGGCCCGCUAAUCAGAUGCUGGCGCUACGGAUUCUGUGCAACUGCUUCAACGGCAAGCACGGCCAAGCGCUCCUCAUGGCCCAGCGAGAAGCUGUCCUGUCGCGGGCCGCUGACUUGGUCACUGUCUGCAAUAAGAACAUCCACAUUGCUCUGGCCACACUGGUGCUUAAUUAUUCUGGCUGUCUGCACAAACGACCUGAUUUGGAGGCCAAAGCCCAGUGCUUGUCUGUGGCCAGUAGGGCUCUGGAGACCGUGCAAGACAAGGAAGCUGUGUUCCGGCUUCUGGUCGCGUUAGGAACAACAGUGGUCUCCGACCAAAUGGCCCAGGACCUGGCUCGCUCACUGGGCGUCAACACGCAGAUUUCUCAAUUCUUGUCUGUAUCUGAUCCUUCAAAGGUUGCAGAGUGUUGCCAGCUAGUUUUAAAAGAACUACAAUGAUGUAAAAUGACAUUGAAUUAAGAUCAAAUCACUUUCUUACAACUAUGCUGUUUGCUAUGUGGUGGAGGUAUGAACUUGUAUGUUCUACAAUAAAGGAUACAU